GUCACCGAGACGAGCCCCGGUCACCGACCGACCACCGGACCGGAUACACCGGUAAGACCUUCUCGGUCCCCCCCCCUCGCCCCCCUCCCCGCUGCUGCGGAGGCGCGCGACGUUCGCGGACUGUUAAUGACACCGAUGACGGGCAUCGACCGCAGUGUUGCUUCGACCCGAGAGACCACACGGCGACCAGCGGCCACCAGACUGUUGCUGCCGCGUUGCUUCCGACGACGAGAUCCUUCCGGCAACCAGACGGCCCGCCGGCGACAACAACAUGUAAGGCAACUGCACCUGCAGCAACUCUCAGACACGUUAAUGUCGAAUGUUGCUUCACCUGCAGCGAUGAUACACAAAGCAACCGGGCCACUGGUUUCCCACAACUGCAGCGUUGCUUUGACUUGCAAUAAAGAGAGAGUGCAGCAACUAUAGACUCUUGAUGUGUAUCAACCACAUAUUGCUUCAAGGACUACGGCAACUAAACCCCACAACCUGCAGCUACUUGGAAAUGAACUGUUGAGGUUUAACAGCCACCACGUUGCUUCAGCCUGAGGGAAACUAUACGGAAGCUACAUGAUCGGCAACCGGCAACCACGUUGCUGAUGUGUGAUCGUCACCGCGUUGCUCCGGUGUGACAGCAACUCAGCCUGCAACUCCACAUCCAUUGUGCAGCAGAUGGGCGUCCUCCCAGACUGUCAGACUGACCGGCUGAUCUGGAGUCAGUCGGCUGACGGCCUCAGGUUGAGAUAAGCUCCGCCUACCCCCCCUCCUUUUCCCCCUCACUCUUCCUGGUUCAGGUGACGACCACAGCCAAUAGAAUGAGCGUGCCGAAGGAGGCGGAGCCUGGCCGGGAGGCGGAGGCCAAGGUGCAGACCUGGGCCCAGUCUCUGGUCUACACUCUGGAGGAACUGGAGUGUAAGAUCUGCUACAACCGCUACGACACGCAGAGCCGCAAACCCAAACUGCUCGGCUGUCUGCACCGAGUCUGUGCCAAGUGUCUGAAGAAGAUGGUCGACAUGGGAGAGUCUUCGCCGUCGAUCAUCUGCUGUCCAUUCUGUCGCCACGAGACCUACGUACCCAACGAGGAGGUGUGGUUGAUGGAGGACGACCGACACAUCCUGGCUGUUCUGUCUUGUCAGGACCGAGCUUGCCGAGGAGGAGGAGGAGGAGGAGGGGAGGUGGUGCUGAGUCCAAACAGUCUGACCGGGAGAGGAGGCGUGGAGUCGUCCCACCGCUCCUCGGACUGCCUGGUCAUCACCAUCCAGUUCCCGUCCUCCCUCCCACGUCCUCUGCUCAGCGUGGUGGGCUUGCCCCGCCCCCCCUCCCUGGACUCGCUGCCCUGCAGCCUGCCGGCUCAAAAGUGUCGCGCCUGGACGUCCCGCAGCUUCCCCCGCUGCCUCCUGGGGGCGCUGUGCCUGGUGUACUUCAGCUCCCUGCCUCUGGGGAUCUACCUGCUGAUGAUUGGCCAGCUGGUUCUGGGCGUGGUUCUGGUGAGUCUGGUUCCCUCCACCCUGCUGCUGCUCGUCCUCUACGGCUUCUGCCAGUGUCUGUGCCACGAGCUGAUGGGUGCUCUUCAGCGCCUCGUGGCGUGCUAG